AUGCUGGGACAGGACCAGAAUAUGCACUGCAAGAACUUACUCCAACAAAAGGACAGAUUCAGGGUGGCUGCAGGAGGCCGUGGAUGCCAGGCCCUGAAGAGAGAAGUCCCACCAUCAGUGACAGUGAACAUGGGGGAUGAGGCCCGCCUCAUCUGCAAGCACAAUGGCAACAAACCUAAUAUCACGUGGUGGUACGGUUUUCUGUACAAUUCCAACAACUCCAUCCCCUCAGUGUUUAUGGGUUCUGGUCAGGGGCUCGGAGGUGAUGAGCUGGUCAUCCCUAAUGUAAACAAGAGUCAUAGGGGCCUCUACAGAUGCCACGUGGAAGAAAACGGCAAGAGAAAUUUCUCCUGCGGCACCUACCUCCGAGUGCGUAAGCCAGUCCCUAGACCCUUCCUGGACAUGGGGGAAGGCACCAAGAACCAUAUCAUCCCAGCCGAGGGCAUCAUCCUGCUGUUCUGUGCAGUAGUGCCAGGGACAUUGCUACUAUUCAGGAAGCGGUGGCAGAACGAGAAGUUUAGUGUGGACAUUCCAGAUGACUAUGAAGAUGAAAAUCUUUAUGAGGGCCUGAAUCUUGAUGACUGCCUUAUGUAUGAGGACAUCUCCAGGGGACUCCAGGGCACCUACCAGGAUGUGGGCAGUCUCCACAUUGAAUAUGUCCAGCUGGAAAAGCCAUGA